AUGGCGUCAAAACUGACCUACUUGUCCAUCAUCACGAUGGUGUUAAUUGUUAUUCUUUUGAAUGCGACUUCAUCACUCGCCAACAAAUUAACUCGUGAACAAAUUAAACGAUCAGUAUUCAUGAAAGGAAGAUCUCUCAACGAUGAAGAGGGAUAUAUGAAGAGAAUGGCUGAACAUCCAAUUUAUUCUAAACAACCUGUUUCGAUCGAAGGAAGAGGACCUGUGAUGAACGCUGAUCAAAAUCCUUUUGCUCAUUCUGGCUUUUUCACAGUCAACAAGACAGUGGGUGGACAAAUGUAUUAUGUAUUCUUUGAAUCACAAGACAAAAAUCCAAAUGCUCCCAUCAUUUUGUGGCUCCAAGGUGGACCAGGUUGUUCAAGUGCUACUGGAAUGCUCUUAGAGAUGGGUCCGUAUCGUAUUAAUCCAAAAACCUUGGACUUGUAUCCAAAUCCUAACACAUGGAAUCAAAAGUAUGCUCUUUUAUUUAUUGACAACCCAUUGGGCGCAGGCUUUUCACACAUGCAAAACCCACAAGGCUAUGUUCACAAUGAAGAACAAAUGGCCAACGAGCUCUAUUCCAUGUUAAUGCAAUUCUUUGACUUGUACAAACAAUAUCAAUCCAAUCCAUUCUAUGUAUUUGGUGAAAGUUAUGCUGGAAAAUAUGUUCCAUCCAUUUCAUACAAGAUUGCAAAUGAAGGUUUCAAGAUUAAUCUUCGUGGAUUUGGUAUUGGUGAUGGAUUGACUCACUCAUUGGUUCAAAUGACAAACUAUGAUCAAUAUGCAUAUUCUUUGGGUCUUAUUGAUACUAAACAACAAUUAGAAAUUCAAAAAAUUCAAGACAAUGUUAAAUCUUUAAUUCUUCAAGAAAGAUGGUUUGAGGCAACAAGCGCAUGGGAUGGUAUCAUGGCCGCUUUGAACAAUUACACUGGAGGAAUUAAUGUUUAUGAUGUCCGUGAAUAUGGAGAUUAUAACUUUGACUAUUAUUUGGCUUUCCUUAAUCUUCCAUCCACUAAGGUAUUAAUGCACACUGUUGGAAUUCAAUACAAUGAUUGUGAUGCUAAAGCUUAUAGCGCCUUAUAUGCUGACAUGUCCAAAUCAGUCAAGUACAAGGUUGAGAGUUUGUUAAAUAGAGGAGUGAGAGGUAUUCUUUAUAAUGGGCAAGUGGAUUUGAUUAUUAACAUGGUUCAAACCAAGUGGAUUGAAGAAAUGAAUUGGAAAUUCUCUUCAGAAUUCUAUAAUGCUGCACGAAAGCCAUGGACUCUUAAUAAGAAGAUUGUUGGCUAUGUGAAACAAUAUCAAAAUCUCUACAAAGCUGAAGUGAACUUGGCAGGUCAUCUCAGUCCAAUGGAUCAACCUGAGCAUUGCAUGACAUGGUAA